AUGGCGGGGACGGUGCAGGUGAAGGCAAGGGGAAGGGGAUUACUGCACGCUGCUGCUAAAGCAGCAGCUUGCCGCGGUGACGGAGGUGGCGAGGUGCAGCGCAGCGCCCGUCGCCGCCCUCUGACCAAGGGCUUGGGCGUCGACGGCACCACACACGCCACGUCGCUCCUCGUGCCCGGCGUCCACCCAUGCGGCGCCGUCACGUCGUACCUAGCCGGGCUGAGCCGCCGGCAACUGCGCGAGUUGCUGGACGCUCUGGACCAGGAGGACGCAACGCUCAUUGAGCAUGCCAAGCGGGAGUUCGCCGGGCUAACCACGGGUGCUGCUCGACAUGGCUUCGGUGCCUGGCGCCGCCACUGGGUGUUCUUCUCCCCAGAUCCUGUGCGCCCGCCCUUCCGGGAAGCUCACGCACCGCCCGUGGAGCUCGCCACGGCCGUGCAGCGCCACCACGCUCACCAUGGCCGGCCAGCUCGCAUGUGGCCGCCAAGCGCCACGAAGCUCGCCGCGUCGUCGUGUCGAGUGCGCCUGACUGCCCUCCUCGCCAUCGAUGUUGGCGGCGGCAAGCGCAUGGCUCCUGUGCUCGAUCACGCUGGUGGAGGAGCUCAAGAGCUACCAACGACUCUCUCUAUGGUGGACACCAUCACUACUCCAUCAGUGUCAUCGUUUGGAUCCCCGUCUAGGACCGCGUCAUUGUGCCCUCCUAUAUCGGCUGGCCCCAUGGGGGUCACGCAGCUGCAGCGGAUGGGCAUCGGCCUUGUCGUUUCCAUCUUCUCCAUGGUUGUGGUGGGCAUGCUGGACAUCGUUCAGCUGUGUGACAUUGCGCGGCAUGGCCUGUAUGCCAAGGAUGACAUCGUGUCCAUCUCCAUCUUCUGGCAGAUACCGACAUUCGCCCAUGCGGUCGGGCCAGCUGCGCUGGGGAGGCGCGACAUCGUUGUCGUGUGGUGUGGUGUGGUGUGGCACGAUGCAGACUUGAAAAGCCUGGAGUGGGUCAACGACCUCGGAUCACGCCUCUGCUCGCCGCAUCGGUCCUUGGCUACGCAGCCGCCGCCAACCCCUUCGCGCUGGUGCACAUGGGUUUAUCUGUCCCUGUACAUGUCCGAUGGUGGUGGUGUGGACAUGCAGUAG